GACGAAUCCUGCGUCCACUGCAGCAGUGGAUAACCUGCCAUGGUCUCAGUGGGAAUCGUACAAGAGGAACAUCUGCAUGGCCAUCCCCACUGACUGCACGAGCGAGUGCAACGGCAAAGCCGGGUUGUGCGAUUUCUGCAACCCGGGGGACGGUCGGCAGGGUGCCUGCUGCAAGAAGGGCGAGACCGACGAAACCGGCACUGACCCGGGCGGCGACAAUGUCUGCAACCACCAAGAGUCGAGCGGCAUGGUCUUUCUAUCAAGUGUAAAAAUGUCUGGGUCUGGAAACUUGUGACGCUGGGCGGCGUAUCAUGAGGAGGCCACAAGUUCUGGCUCAGCAUGACAAGUUUCUGAGCUUCUUGGUGUUGCCUAAUCUGCAUGACAAACUGCGUUUCUGCAUGACAGAAAAAUGGGGGUCUUGGGUAAUGCGCAUGACAAAUUGAAGUGUCAUGUGAGACAAGCAUGACAAACUUGCAUUCUUCCAGACCCAGACAUUUUUACAUUUGAUACUUUCCGUUCGCGGACAACAUGCGGCAAAGCGCCACGCUGUGGAAGUACGAGUGCGUGGUCGUGCCUGAGCCCGCGGCAGUGGAGUGCGUCUGGGGCGACUGGAGUGCGACCGGAGACUGUUCGGAGACCUGCAGCGGGUCGAGCGGGACACAAACUUACACGCGGUCUAAAGAGCCCGCUAGUGAAGCGUGCGCCGAGACUGAGACCGAAAGCCGGGCUUGCGUCGGCAUCUCGGCGUGCGAGUCUUGUGUGGCCAGCUGGAAUGUCACGGAGGAGGUGCUGGUGAGCCAGUGCGAGGGCAAAGGGGAAACUCUGACGAGGAAGUACGAAGUUUCGGAGGGUGCGGCAGAGUGCCCGCACGUUUCAGGCGAGACACAGAGCAUCCUCUGCCCAACGGACUGCACGGGGUCCUGGGAGGUACAAGGGGCCUGCACCGGUGCGGGCGAGACUCUGACGGAAAUGUUCAACCGAGUAGAAGCAGAACCGGGCAUGCAUAUAAAUGGCACGGAGAUCGCAGCGAGCUCGUGUGACCUACCCAUAAAUGGUACGACACAGGACAGUAGUACCGCGUGCCCGCUGCAUACCUGUACCUGUGAGCACGGCGAAGCCGAAACAGGUUCGGACUGCAUUGAAGAUGGCGUGACUGUGGGGUGUGUGGUUGGCGGAUGCAAUAACGACGUGGCCGGCUACUACCACAACGAUGGUGGUGAAGCAGGGAACAAUUGUGUGGCUAAUUCUUGCAAGUGCGAUCACGGAACUGAGUUGGUUAGUGCUUUGCUGUGCGAGCAAAAUGAUGAGACAGUUGGAUGUGUGGAUGGCGGCUGCCUUGACGGCUACUUCAACGUGGACAUAGGCAAUGGAGAUGGCAGAUUUGAUUGCCAAUUGAAAGAGUGUACCUGUGAGUUCGGUGAAUCUGCUAUAGGGUCCGAAUGCCCAGAGAACGGCGCGAUGCAGUGCCGUGACAAUGAAUGCGAUUCUGGGUACCGGAACAAUCCAACGGACGUACGGAAGGAGUGUGUCCCCAACACCUGCGCAUGUGCCAACGGCGAGCCUCUCGUGGACGCUGUCUGUGAGUCACACGAAAACACGAUCGGGUGCAGCGAAACUGGCUGCCACGAGGGGUACCACCACGAAGAGAUCGAUGGAGGUGAUGGGCGGGGCACCUGUGUAGAGAACCAAUGCACCUGUGAAAAUGGCUUUCCACUGACGGAUCCUGCAGUUUGUACAGAGCACCAGAGUACGCCCGGCUGUGCUAGCUGCAAGGAGAGCGAGGGUUUCAAGCUGCAUGCAGAGGAUCACUCCUGCGUGCGUGACUGUGAGGGUUCGUGGAACGUCACGAACGGAGAUUUUAUGCAUUGCAAAUAUGUCGCGGUCUGGAAUGCUGCAACAUGUCACGCUGAGUCAAGAGCGCACAAAUAUCUGUGUUGCAUGAACGCCAAAAGCCGCCAGCUUCUUGCUACUUGCGCAAAGGGCAAAUGUCCCAUGCGGGAUAGGCAUUGAGGAGUCGUCGUGAAGGUUGUGAUGCUUCUGUGUGCAUUCCACACCAUUUGCGUUAUACGCGAGAUGCAUGAAGACAGACGUUGCGUUCUUCCAGACCCCGACGUAUGUGCAUUUGAUAGAUUUCGUGGCUAUGCAAUUAUGCAGUGCAGUUGCAGGAAACGGAGAAGUGAUUACCCGAGUGUACAGCGUUGUAAGGAGCGCAAUUGGCGCCGCUGCCGAAGCUUGCGAAGCCGGUGAUGGCACUCAAGAGACCAUCACUUGUCCGACGGAUUGCCAAGGCUUCUGGAAUGACACAGAAUUACUACCGGAGACGGUCUGCACAGGGGCGGGCGAGACGUUAUCGCGUACCUUCACACGGACAGAAGCAGUAAAUGGUCGGGAUGAAAACAACUCGGAGAUCGUGGCAGGAACGUGCACCCUCCCAGCGGCCGGCGCAAUAGAGAAGAUUACGUGCCCGACGAACUGCACGGGUUUCUGGGACGUCGUAGAACUGGAACAAGAAUGCACCGGGGCGGGCGAGACCUUUUCGCGUACCUUUAC